AUGGCCACCACUUCAACAACACCCCCGAGCGCCGCCCAGCACGAAAUGGACAACGUCGAGAUCGGCAUCAUUGGCAUGGGCGACAUGGGCCGCCUCUACGCCCGCAUCUUUCGUGACGCAGGCUGGAAACGGAUCAACGUCUGCGAUCGGCCAGAAAAUUACGCCAAGCUCAGCGCAGAAUUCAAAGAUUCUGGCAUCACCGUACACCCCGAUGGCCACCACGUAUCCAGAAGGAGCGACUACAUCAUAUACUCGGUCGAGGCCGCCUACAUCGAUGCCGUCGUCGAGCAGUACGGCUCCUCGUCCAAGAUGGGCUCCAUCGUCGCCGGACAGACAUCCGUAAAGGCACCCGAGAGGGCCGCUUUUGAAAAGCACCUCCCCGACGACGUCUACAUCAUCUCGUGCCACUCGAUGCACGGGCCCAAGGUCGACCCCACCGGCCAACCCCUGAUCCUGAUCCAGCACCGUGCGCCAGACGAAAAGAUGCGCCUCGUCGAGCGCAUCAUGGCCGCCUUUCGCUCCAACUUUGUCUACCUCUCCUACGAGGAGCACGACACCGUCACCGCAAACACCCAGGCCGUCACCCACGCCGCCUUUCUCUCCAUGGGCACUGCGUGGGGCUGCUCGAACCAGUACCCGUGGGAGAGCGAGCGGUACCCGGGCGGCAUCGAGACGGUCAAGAUCAACAUCUGCCUGCGCAUCUACUCGGCAAAGUGGCACGUCUACGCCGGCCUGGCGCUCCUCAACCCGUCGGCAAAGACGCAGGUGACGCAGUACGCCAAAAGCUGCACCGAGCUCUUCAAGCUCAUGGUGGCCGAGCGCGAAGACGACCUGGCGCGCCGCGUCUUUGCCGCGCGCCGCGGCGUCUUUGGGUGGGACGACGACGAGGACGACAGCACCAGCGUCAAGACAAAGAGCAGCGGGUCGCGCGUCGAGCGCAAGCCCAUCCUGAUGAGCGACACGAUGCUCGAUCGCUUCCACAUUGCCGCGCGCAGGGCGGCCGCUGCCAAAGGCGAGGCGGCAGCAAAGAGCCCGACGACAGCGGCGAGCGGGACAUCCGUCGACGCGCACUUGGACGCCACGUCCGGUCCGACGCCGGCGGCCGCGUCGCCGCCCAACUCGCACCUCUCGCUGCUGGCCAUUGUCGACUGCUGGCACUCGCUGGGCAUCAACCCCUACGAUCACCUCGACCUCGCCGCGACGCCCGUCUUCCGCAUGUGGAUCGGCGUGUGCGAGUACCUCUUCCGCUCGCCCACGCGGCUGCGGCAGGCGUGCCGGGCGGCGGCGCGGGACCACGACUUCCGCGCCGACGACACCGAGUUUGUCAUUGCCUCGCGCGGCUGGGCCCAGGCGGUCCAGUUUGGCAGCUUUGACAACUACCGGCGCCGAUUCGAGGAGACGCGCAGGUUUUUCGAAAACCGCUUCGACGAGGCCAGCGUCGUUGGCGCCGAGAUGCUCAAGGUCGUCCUGGCCGGGUGA